GCGACCUUGCUUGCUCGAUGAACCUAACCCAAAUCCGCCCUACCUUAGUUGCAGCUGCCUGCGUUGUCAACGGAAUUAAGCAGUAUCCAUUUCUUCCAGAAGCUUAAUUCCCAGUUUCCAACCUUACAAAUCCGUAGCCGACCCGAUGGCAGACAACAUCGCUCACUACUCACAAAACACGAACAAGCAUUGCACACGAAAUUAGUAUACGAAACAGCUUGAACCAACCAUAUUAUGCCGGACUACGCGUGGCAAGUGAGCGGUGUCUCGGACGCCGGGCAGAGCAGCGUGUUCCUCCUCGCGUUGUACCCUGUGCUCCUGCUCCUCGUCAUCCUCUCCGCGUUCGUCAAGUACGUGUGGAUCGCGCUGGCGCUCUACUGCGCGCUCAUGGUCCUCUUCUCCUGCACCGCCCGCUUCUGCGCACUGCCAGAACCAGCCGGGUCAUCUGCCGUGGACCGGGGCGGCCUGUCGGAGGCUGGCAUAGCGGCGAUUAUUCCGGCGUUUGCGUACGAUGCCGCCGCUGCUUCUUCAGCCGCUGUCGGCGACGGCGGCCAGGUCCAGUGCGCGGUGUGCUUGGAGACUCUGCGCAGCGGGGAGACGGUGCGGCGGCUGCCUGUAUGCGCGCACACGUUCCAUGUCGGGUGCAUCGGCAUGUGGCUCCACUCGCAUACAACGUGUCCGGUCUGCCGGCGCCACCUCGAGCCGCGGAAGAGCGGUAAGAUGAUGGUGCCGCCGCUGCCGCCGGUAUAGUUGGCUGCUCAGAAUCGCCAAAACUGAGGACGCUACCGGCGUCUCCAAAAAUGGCUUCUCGUGGUCUUUUGGUAGUUGGAUCCAAAAAUCUGAUUUUGUUUUUUAUGUGUCCAUAUACAUUCUGAAUAUUGACUUUGAAAUUUGUAAAAUAUGACCGAAAGUACAACUCAGAGACAGGUGUAGACAAACACGUGAACUUAUCUUUUACCAAAAU